CAUAAACCAUGGCUGGGUGCAUCGAGGGUUUGUAUGAGUAUUUGAAACAAGAGAAGAAUGAGGAUCAAUUCGUCAUCAACAAUGGAGGAAUAAAGCUGAUCAAUCAAUCUUAAUGGCACUUCGAAAAGCAAUACUCGAUAUGCCUAACAUUCAAUCCUCAAGGGGAUGGGACGAUCUUCUAAUUUUCAUCCUCGCAUAUCGAUGGCAAAAGAAUCAUAGCCAAUGGAGUUCAUUGUUAUUUAAUUGGUGGUGUAGUCUUCUAUAAGAAUGUUUACCAGAGGUUCACUCUAGAAAGAGUUAUUGUGGAGGACUACUCUUCCAAUAAUCAGUUGGGGGAAGUGGUAAUGAAUGGAUGGAAUGAAAUAAUCAUUUCUCAUGAAUAAGGAAAACUAUACGCCAGACCCAAGUUUAUAUAUUCAAUUAAUCAGAUUAAAAAUACGAUACAGAUCGAGUAUCCCAAAAUCAGGAAUCAAAAUCUGGAGAUGCUCUACUUUCAGAACAUAUAAUGCAAAGUCAAGGAAAUCUCGGUUUACAAUGAAGUUGCAGAUCUGCAUUUGAAAUCUCCUUUCUAUCAAAUCUACCCCCUCUACGAUCCUCACUAGACGAAAAGAGUCAACGAUAGAAUUUAGAACGUAGUCUACGAACUUCAGGGAGACACCAAAAUGACAUCCUCAUUAUAAAAAUACGAUUUUGUAGAAUACGGCGGUAUUAAAAUUUUAAUUCCACUUUUUGAUCUAAUUCAAUAUUACGAUCAUUCUUAAAUUGAUGACCUAUUUAAAAUCUUACUCUAUACUUUGUUACAGGAUAGUCAAAUCAACAAGAAUUAGAUAGUUGAAAUGAAACUAUUCCAACAAAUAGCUUAGAUCAUCAAUGUAGACGUCCCCAAUCUCAGCUAGAUCUUGUAGAUCAAAUAAAAGGUUGAGGAUCAAGAUAUUCUCAAUCAACUAUUGCUGUUAAUUAUUGAUGUCAAUUUCAUCAAAAGAAUCACCGAUUAAUAGCAAUACUGCAUUUUAUUACAGCAAUUCUAUAUCAGUGAUCAUCAGAAAUACUUAAAAGUCACUUCCAUCUAAUAUUUGGCUCAGUUAUUGGUGAGUGUCAAUCAGAAGAGUCUAAUCCAAGAUCAAAUUCUACAAAUUAUGAUUUAUUCCUGCCAAUAUAACUUCAAUACGUUGAAAGACCAAUUCAAACUAUUUUUAAAAGUUGCCGAAGCCUCUUCAAUCGAACUCAAAAUCAAAGCCAUCUAAAGUGCAACCAGGCUGGUUUCCGACUUAUUCAGAGAUGAUCAAGAGAAUUUCAUAGCAUUCAGAAAUCAUAACAUUUAAAAUAAGAUCCUAAAUGACAUCUUUCUUCUUCUAUAGACUGAUAGCAUGGAUUGUUUGGUGGCCACCAUUACCUUGUUAGGCUAAAUGCUUUAUGGCACUAAGGACCUCUUAAGUCAAGGAAUGAUCUCUUAUAUUUCCAAGGCAAUCUGCGUAAACAAUAACUUUGACAAUUUAUUGAAUGCAUUAACUCAAUUACUAAAAAUUAACUGCUUGUGCGUUGAAAUUCUGUAGCACCUAUACUCUUAAACUAAAUAACAAAAUAUUCUAGAUUACUAUUUCAAUUACGUCAAGAAAAUUAACAAUGAAUAAUAGUAGUUCAUCCUUUAAUAACACUCUAUUUGGUUUUUGGAUUAAUUGAAGCUCGAAUAAAAUGAAAGACUUCUUUAGAUUUUUAUGCAUCUUCUAGAUUAGAAUCCUCAAUACCUGAGUCAAACCUUGAUUCACUAUUAAAUUCGAUAAGAUGUGUAAACACUAUUGGUAAUUGUGUCAGAAGUGAUUGAGAGGUUUAAUGAAGAGCAAAUAUAUCAGGUACAAUAGGUGAUGUUCUAAAUAUACUUCUCAGUGCAAUCGUUUAAGAAUUUUGAAGGAUUUCUAACUAAAUUAAUAAAGUACAUAAUAUAUCUAGAAAAUGAGCAAGAGUUAUCAAAAAUAGUUGAACAAAAAGAAUUGCCUUUUGCCAUUCAAAAGAUCAUCAACUUAAGUUGUCCACUUGAUAAGCUGAAGGAGUGGCUAUUCUAUUUCACCAAGCUUUUUGAAUAAACGUAAUAUCUGAAUACAGAAACAAGUGAACUCUUCAUGAUUUAAAUAGUUGAACUGCUUAAAGCAAUCCAAUCCUAAACUUAAGAUCAGUAAGUAAAGGAGGUUAUCGAAUAUUUCUUCACUCAAAAUGGGCUAAUUCUCUAAUCACUUUCAGAGCAAUAAGUGCAAGUCUUUGAUUCAAUUAAAUUUUAGUAAGACUUCUAGACUUUCCAGGAAUCUUUGUUGCUUAAGUGGACUCUUGAAUAAUAAUAGAUCAAAAUGACACAAUCAGAACAAUUAUCAAAAUUAACGGAUGAAAUUAAUUACGCUGCAGCAUCGAUGCAAGUUUCAGUGUACAAGUUAAUGAACAAGACUCGCAAGAUUAGAUAGAGAUGGUGCAAACUUUGGCAUAAUCUACGUAUCACCGUAUAUAGACCAAAAGAUUGUAGAUUCCAAGUAGAUGAAUAAAUAGAUCAUGAUUACAAAUUCAACGAGAAUCCUUAUUACACAAAUAAAAUUGAGAAAUACAUAAAUAAGUAUUAUUCACGUCCAAUUUUAAAAGUGAAGUUUAAGAAGAAUCCCCAGUUUGAGAAUGACGCAUAAGUGCAGUUGGAAAAGAAACAACAAUACAAAUGCUUUUGGUUGAAGAGCUUAUACUUAAAGUAAGGGGGAGUUACAAUAGGAGAUGAAAAAAUAACAUUCUCCUAUUACUCCUACACCUAGAAGGCGAAUCACAUAACUUUGUUGCCUCACACGAUACCAAAUCACAAGCCAUUUAAGAAAUCGUGGAGGAGGGAUUAAAUUAGGUGGCUGUAUGAGAGAAUUUAUAUCAGAAAUAGAAAUGCCAUCGAAAUCAUAUUCAAGGAUGGAGAGUCAUUGUACUUGAUAUUCUAGGACGAGGGAUUGAAGGAGGAGAUUAUUGAGAAGUUGAAAAUACAACCGAAAUAAUGUGAUUUUAAUAAGGUGAGCAAUUUCAAGUAUUUAAUGUAUUUGAAUUUUCUAUCUUGUCGUUCCUACAUCGACUUGACCAGAUAUCCAGUGUUCCCAUGGGUUUUAAAGGGAAAUGCAUCAGAUUUCGAUGACAAUGAUAUUGCAUCAAUAUAAAAUGAGAUCAAUUACAGAGAUCUUUCUUUACCAAUCGGAGCCUGUGGAAGUGAGGUCAGAUUAGAUCAAUUCAUCAAGAGAUUCGAAAAUGAGUAAUUUUAUUAUGGGACACAUUAUUCAUGUCAGGCAUUGGUGUCUCAAUAUUUGGUACGAUUGAGUCCAUUUACAGAGGCUGCUAUAUCAAUUUAGGAUGGGAAAUUCGAUAUUCCAGAUCGAAUGUUUAGGUCGAUAAUGAAAUCUUGGAUUGAUUGCAAUAAUGAGAUGGCGGAUGUGAGAGAAUUGACUCCUGAAUUUUUUUAUUUGCCUGAGGCUUUUAUAAACAUAAAUGCCCAUAAUUUUGGUAAGUUGCAGAGUGGUUAAUUAGUAAACAAUGUGCAAUUGCCACACUACUCUAAUAAGAAUCCAUUUUACUAUGUGGCUUAGAAUAUGAUAGCAUUAGAAAGUGAGUAUGCUAUCAGAUUGAAUGAAUGGGUUGAUUUGAUUUGGGGAUACAAAUAGCAAGGAAAUGCUGCCGUAGAUUCCUUCAAUGUGUUUUAUCCAUUAACUUACUCUAACUUUGAUGAAGGGAGUAUCGAAAUCAAUGAGUUAGCAAUGGAAACCUAAAUUGCUCAUUUUGGGUAAACACCAGAGCAAAUAUUUUAUAAGCCACAUGCUCAAAAGAAUGAGAUAGUCGAUAAGACUUAGUGGUAGAUGGGAAAGAAUAAAAAGUCAUAAUGUAAAUUGAUCUAUUUAAUUUGUAAUAAGAACAAAGUAGUUAGCAUACAGGAAGAUUUCACAUUAAUCUAAUGGUAGAUUGUUAAGAAUUAAUAUCAAUUCUAAAUUGAGAAACAAGUGUAAUUACCUCGAAUUCAUUUUGAUGCUAUGAUCAAAUAUGUAUUACCACCAAUAUUAGUAUUGAUUGAAUAGUCAACCGUAUUAUUCGGUGGGAAUAACAAUGGAACACUUCUAUACUAGUACUUAGACAAUGUGAAGUUGUAGGGAGUGAUCGAAUUGGAAAGUGAGAUAAUCAACAAUCAUUGCACUGUAACUGUUCUAGAGUCAAAUAAACAACAAAGUAUAGUGAUACUCGGAACAAAUAAGGGUUUGGUCUAUUAUUAUAACAAGAUUCUGUAAAAUAAAUAGGAUAUAAAAUAAGAGGAAUUACUAAAGGGUAAGUAUGUGAUCUAUGACACAACCUCGCAAAUCAAUUCAAUAGCCAUUUCAGAACAGCUAACUAUCUUUUGUGUUGGAACUCAAGACGGAACAAUAUUCUUAUAUAAUUUGUAUAAUCGCACUCUCUACAGAUUUAUAAAUCAUCCUAAAAGACUGCCUAUUUAUUAUCUAGCAUUAAGUUAUUCUCCAUUGCCUUGUAUUUUAUUUAGUUCCCAUGAUGAACGGGUUGUAGCAUAUUCAAUAAACGGAUUUUUGCUACAAUUACUGCAAGUCAAAGGAAAUAUAGAAUACAUUUAAGUCAAGAAAUCACCCAUAAAUACUUUAGUAUAGCAUUUAUUAUUAAUUUGAUAGAUUGUAGUCACUGACAAUAAUGUUUUUGAAUAUAGAUUGCCAUUUUUAGAUAGACUGUCAAUUGUCUCAUCCCAAAUGUUUACAAGAUUUGUAUAGGCAACUAAACAAAUUUCUAUUUAUGGUUCUAAAUCGGGUGAUCUGCGUGUCUUUUGA